CCGUAUAGUCUAGUAGUACAAGAAAGAAUAUGACAUCAAAGGUCGGGUUUCUUGGGUUUGCAGUAGUGAUGGUUGUAGUAUUAGUAGCUACCAGUACUAAUGAAGUUUCAGCUGAUGGAUGUGAAGGCGAUCUCGAGGGACUGACUGACCGGUGUGCUCAGUAUGUUUCAAAGAUAGGACCAAAGUUCCGACCAUCUCGUGGAUGUUGUGAUGUUGUUCGGGGAGUUGAUAUUCCUUGUGUCUGUCAACAUGUUACUCCUCAGGUUGAGAAUUAUGUUAGCAUCAAAAAAGUGCUUUAUGUUGCUCAGUAUUGUGGCAAGGAUCUCCCCCAUGGAAUCAAAUGUGGAAGUGUGACUAUUCCUUCAGCCAUGAAAAAUUAAGAGAGGAAAUCAUGAAAAAUAAGAUGGAGAGUUCUAAUAUUCUCUUGUAGGGAGAUCUGAUAUUCCUUUAUUGUCGCAAUUCUUCUUUUGUUAGUCGGAAUGUCAAUAGAGUGAUGCUGGCGGCAUUGAUCUCUAAACAUGUUAGAACCAGUAUGAAGUGAAGAGUAUUCUAAUUUCUCUUCUUAGCAAAAAAAAGUCUCUAUUAUGUACUAGUAUGUUCAUCAUUAUUAUUGUUAUGCUUCAAAAAUAAAAUAAUAACUACUUUAUCCGUUGCA